AUGCACUUUCCUUUGUUGCUACUGCUCAGCAGCCUCUGGAGCAGCCCAGCGCACGCCGACAGUCAAGUGGGCGACGAAUUCUGCUUCCGCGCGGUCCAAUACAGCCUCAAGAACCUCAUCUUCUUGGACACAGCAGUCGGCGCGCCCAAGCCCGUCCGACCUUGCACGAGCCGCCUGCGCACGGCAUCGUUGUACUUGAGCUUGCAGCAGUACUGCACACCGGAGAGCCGGGCGCCAGGGUUGCGCGAAUAUCAGGCUGGGUGUCUCGAGCGCGCAAAUGUCUCCUUGCCGGCGUUCGAGGAUGUCGUUUCGCAGUAUGGCCCCGAGGAUGUGCGGAGCUUGAGACGCGUCCAGCCGGACGAGGUUACGCGCAAGGCGCUAGAGCUGGAAGAGGUCGCGCUGCCGUCGCAGGUGCUGUGGCGUCGGGCGUUGGAUACGCUGAGCAUCGCGCAAUUUGAGCAUGAUAUUCAUAUCACAUACGGGCAUGCGAUGUACUAUUUCUGGGCCUCGGUGGUCGCCAUAGGAAUGCUUUUUCGGUUGUCAGCCCUCUUUAAAGGCAUUCGGAAGCAAGGUGGAUGGAAACUCAUCCCGGACAGCGAAGACGGGAGCUCUGAGGAUUUCCCUAGGAAGGUCAAGCCCGGCAUCCUCAGCCUCCCAGGGACAUAUCUGAAGAGAUACAUCACCACACCGGCCACCUUUGGCUACCGCUGCUCGCAGAACAUUGGCUGGUGUACUCUUCCCCCUCGGAUACAAUCUUUAACCGUAGUGGUAUUCAUUAUCAUCAACAUCGUCCUUUGCUCGGUCGAUUACUAUGCUUUCCCGGGAAAUUUAUAUUGGCCUGAGGUCUCCACCCAACUUUGGAGGUACUUUUCAGAUAGAACCGGCGUUAUAGCGUUCGCCAACUUCCCACUGGUAUGGCUCUUUGGAAUCCGUAACAACUUGCUCAUGAACAUUUUGGGCUGGGGUUUUGGGACAAUGAACAGCUUUCACAGGUGGGUGGCCAGGGUAGCCACAAUAGAAGCAAUCGCACAUUCGAUCGGAUACACUGUUUUGGUGUUUAGAGACGGCGGCUGGAACGAUUUUAUGAUGUACUGGACAAUCCCGUGGUGGCAGUGGGGUGAACUGGCUACAAUCGCUAUGGUUAUGAUCUGCGUAUUUUCUGUGUACGGGCUCCGCCGCAGCUUCUACGAGCUAUUCCUCUUCCUUCACAUCACCAUAUCCGUAGCCGUCUUGGUGGGUAUGUGGUACCACAUCUCCAUCUUCGACGGCGAAUACAAUGCCUACAUCUGGCCAUGCGUGUGCAUCUGGCUUGCAGACCGCCUCCUCCGCGGCGCGCGCAUCCUCGCCUUCAACCCCAAGUUCUGGUGCACGCGAGCGCGCACCACCUACGACAGCAGCUCCAACAUCAUCCGCAUCAGCAUCCCCUGCUCUUCCAGCCUCAUCGCGCCCAUCCCAGGCGCCUACUACUACCUUACCUUCCUCGACGGUGUGCGCAUCUGGGAAAACCACCCCUUUACGCUCUCCUACUCCACCGACCCUUCCCACCAACAUUCCGACACAGACAUGGCCACAGCAACACCCGCAGAACCGCCCUCCCUCGUCUUCCUCAUCCGCCCUUACAAAGGCCUCACAGCCCGCCUCCGCGCCGCCGCCCUCUCCUCCCCGUAUAAAUACAAUCCCCCCGUCCUAGUCGAAGGCCCCUACGGCGCUCCUGUCCCGCUGCGCACCUUCCGCCACGUCCUGUUCCUGGCCGGCGGCACCGGCGUCGCGACGCCCUUGUCGUAUCUCGCGUCCCUGCUUCUCGAGGAGGACGACGACGCUCAUACGCACCCGCACCCGCUUCCACGCCGCGUACACGUCGUAUGGGCGGUGCGAGAACGAGCAUUCCUGGCCGAGGUGCUGGACAUCGACCUGCGGAGCCGGGGGCUACUAGUGAGCGAACAGAUGCGGCUCACGGCGUUUGUGACAGGGGACGGGACGAAAGACGACGCCGCUGCCGACGUCGCAGACGAGGCGCUGGGCGUAGGCGUGGGGGCUGCAGAAGGCGAGGCAGCAAUAGCGGUGCACGCGGGCAGGCCGGACGUCGAUGCCGUGGUGAAACAGGCGGCGGAGGAGGCGGCUGGUCAGGGCCUUGCGGUCGUGGCGUGCGGGCCGGCGGCUAUGGCUGAUGAGGCGCGGAGGGCUGUUGUGAGGGUUUUGGGGAGGGAGAUGGUGGGAGUAGGGGUUGAGUAUUUUGAGGAGAGCUUUAAGUGGUAG